GCCUGUCGUCACGCGCAGCCCCGCCCCUCGGUCUCCGGGAGGCGGCAACCGCUACUCCCUGUCUCUUCCCGGUUGUCGGGGACUGCUUCACCUCAGUUCUCGGUGACUAUGGGGGACCCCAGCAAGCAGGACAUCCUGGCCAUCUUCAAGCGCCUGCGCUCGGUGCCCACUAACAAGGUGUGUUUUGACUGUGGUGCCAAAAAUCCCAGCUGGGCCAGCAUAAGCUAUGGGGUGUUUCUCUGCAUCGACUGCUCAGGAUCACACCGGUCGCUCGGGGUUCACUUGAGUUUUAUUCGGUCCACAGAGCUGGAUUCAAACUGGUCGUGGUUCCAGCUUCGAUGCAUGCAAGUUGGAGGGAACUCGAAUGCUUCUUCCUUCUUCCACCAACAUGGGUGUGCCACCAAGGACAGCAACGCCAAGUACAACAGCCGUGCGGCUCAGCUCUACAGGGAGAAGAUCAAGACUCUGGCCACCCAGGCCACCCGCAGGCACGGCACUGAUCUGUGGCUGGACAGCUGUGCGGCUCCACCUGUGUCCCCUCCUCCAAAGGAGGAAGAUUUUUUUGCUUCUCACGCCUCUCUGGAGGUCAGUGGUGCUAUGCAGGCAUCUGCACAGCCAGAGUCAGCCUCUUCAACACCGUGGGGCUUGGAAACCACUCCAGAAAAACAUGAAGGUGGGCCAGGACAAGGGCCAAGCGUGGAAGGUCUGAACACCCCUGGGAAGGCUGCACCAGCAGAGGUUUCAUCGAUUAUAAAAAAGAAGCCAAAUCAAGCAAAAAAAGGACUUGGAGCCAAAAAAGGAAGCUUGGGAGCCCAGAAACUGACAAAUACAUCCUUCACUGAGAUCGAAAAGCAAGCUCAGGCUGUGGAUAAGAGGAAGGAGCAGGAAGACCUGGCCAGGGGUGCCCCAAAGGAGGAGUCUAUCAGUGUUUCGUCCUUGCGACUGGCCUACAAGGAUCUGGAAAUCAGCAGGAAGAAAGAUGAAAGACUGAACCUGAGUGGCCAGAAGAAGGUGGAAGCCGAGCGGCUGGGCAUGGGCUUCGGAAGCUGCAGGAGUGGCAUCUCGCACUCGGUGACUUCAGACAUGCAGACCAUUGAGCAGGAGUCGCCCACACUGGCAAAGCCGAGGAGGAAGUACCAGGAGGACCCAGAGGACUCGUACUUCAGCUCCAGCUCCAAGUGGUCUGAGCAGAGCAGCAGCAGGUACUUUGACGACCCCAUGGAGUUAAGAAGCAGCAACUUCUCUAGCUGGGAUGACGGGGCCGAUUCCUACUGGAAGAAAGACAGCAGCAGAGACCCCGAGUCCGCCAUGAGAAGCACCAGCUCUUCAGACAGGCCCAGUGCUCGCCGGAAGCCAGAAUAUGAGCCCAUUGGCAGCACAGAUGAAGCCCAGAAGAAGUUUGGCAACGUCAAGGCCAUCUCCUCAGACAUGUACUUUGGAAUUCAAGCCCAGACAGAUUUCGAAACCCGGGCGCGGCUGGAGAGGCUCUCCACCAGCUCCUCCAUAAGCUCUGCAGAUCUUUUUGAUGAGCAGAGGAAGCAGACUGCAGGAAACUACAACCUCUCCAACGUGCUGCCCAAUGCCCCGGACAUGGCGCAGUUCAAGCAAGGUGUGCGCUCCGUUGCUGGAAAACUUUCUGUCUUCGCCAACGGGGUCAUGACGUCCAUUCAGGAUCGCUACGGCUCUUAAUCCUGGUGCCAGGCUGUCCAACCUGGUAAAACUCCACUUCAGAUGGACCUGAGACCACAUCUGGCUGCGCCGACGCCCCAGCUGCUUUGCGGGCAGGCUCUACUAGUUGGCGAGGCACCUGCACAUUUCUGAGUGUCCGUGUUUCCUUUGAGACAUCCCCAUAUCUAUGUAGGUGGGAUUUUGCUUUCAUUUCUGGUUUAAAUUAGCUCCUUGUGUCCUUGCUUUAUCUUUGGGGCAUCUUUAGUUCCAAGAACCGGAAGCCCGAGCUGCAGGCUCCUCCCACCUCUCUCCAGGCUGGGAGCCUUCACCUGGAGCCACGAGAGCAUCCAUGGACUGUGGGCUCAGGGCCACGGCACCAGCUGGUGCUGGCUGGGCCAGGGAAAUCAAUCCCCAGCGCUUACUUCUCACUGCAAAGGAGCAAAACAACAAAAACAAAAACAAGACCAGAAGUGCCCAGCCCCUUGCUGACAGAUUGCUUCAUGUGUGUCCCCACACAACAAGAUUUCACACAACACACACUUAAAGCCAUCUGUCACUCUGUAAGUUAUUUUGUACAUUCUCUACUCUUAAAAGUGUCCCCCAGUCAGUUCUUUUAACAACCUGAGCUUCUAUGAUGCCAAGGGUGUUCACUGCGACCUGGGAAUAAACAUGGUGUCGCUGCCCUGUGAGAGGAAGAUCGGGGCCAUCCCAGGGCUCCCAAGUACACUCAGAGAAGUCAGCAGUACCAGGAGCUCAGGCUGAGAAGACAGCAGUGCGGCUUCAGGACGAAGCUCAGAGCCAGGGAGAGGGCGAUUAUAAUUGGGUAGUUUUGUUAAUAUUUUUUUACCUUGUCCUUGAUAUUCCAAAAGUUACAGGGUGGAUGUAAAUCAAUAAAGUCAUUUGGCUGUGUUUUAGACAGCACCAGAAUAUAUUGUUCAGCGCAGUAAAAUAUAUUUGGAAUUUGAUGAACCAAAAAUGUGAUUUCAGAUGACUAUUUUGUGACUUUCUUAAAAGGUCUGAUUUGUAGACUUCUAAAUAUAAUACACAGCACAGCA